UAAGCAAGCGUUUAGGCCGCGUGUGAGCCACUGUGAGGAGGGGAGGUGGCGUCGUUGGAAAGAUACCAGCAAUCGCAAAAAAGGAGCCGUCGACAGACAGAACAUGAGAAAAAUCCAGCCAUUUAAAAUCCAGUUAAGAGGCAAGUGCUAAGGCAAAAUUGACAAGGCAAGCCACACCCAAAACCCCCCCAAACGCCCACCCCAGAAAGUGCAAACAAGUAAAGAAAGGAAUUCAUAGUUUCUCCUCCAUCCCGGCCAAUUCCCAACCUCUGCCUAGCUAUUAUAUUUCUCUCCCUCUCUACUCCCUUUUCUUCUCUAUCCAUCCAUCUCCAUUAUUUCUCUCUGCAUGGCUUUCAGAGCUAGCAUAAUUCACCAUUUUCUUUUGGUUUCUGUCUUAAUCACAGGUUUUGGUUUUCUACGAGGAGUUGCAGCACUAGGUAUCAACUACGGCCAAGUUGCCAACGAUCUUCCUUCACCGGACAAGGUCCUGGAGCUCCUAAGAUCACUCAGGAUCAGCAAAGCGAGGAUCUAUGACACCAAUCCUCAAGUCCUGACAGCAUUUGCAAACUCAGGCGUUGAUCUCAUAGUGACUGUAGAAAAUGAAAUGCUUGACGUUCUAAUCGACCCACAACAAGCCUUUCAAUGGGUGGCCACACACAUUAGGCCAUACUUUCCUGCGACGAGGAUCACUGGUAUCGCUGUUGGGAAUGAGGUCUUCACAAGUGAAGAUACAACUUUAAUGGCAAAUGUUGUCCCAGCAAUGAUCAGCAUCCAUGGAGCACUGGUUCAAUUAGGGCUUGAUCAAUAUAUCCAGGUUUCGACGGCCAAUUCUCUAGCAGUUCUGGCUAACUCAUACCCACCGUCGGCCGGAAGCUUUCGGGAGGACCUGACUGGUGUCAUGAGCGAAUACUUGCACUUCUUGGCAACCACAAGAUCACCCUUCUGGAUCAACGCUUACCCAUACUUCGCUUACAAGGAUGACCCAUUCAGGGUUUCUCUGGACUAUGUGCUUUUCAACCCAAAUGAAGGAAUGGUUGAUCCUUACACCAAGCUACGUUAUGAUAACAUGCUCUAUGCACAAGUCGAUGCUGUUGUUUUUGCUGUGUCUAGAAUGGGUUAUGGUGGGUUGGAAGUUAGAGUUUCAGAGACUGGAUGGCCAUCAAAAGGGGACCCAGAUGAAGUUGGUGCAACUGUGGAAAAUGCAGCAGUUUACAACAGGAAUUUGUUGAGAAGACAGUUGGGGAAUGAAGGGACCCCUUUGAGACCUAAUCAGAGACUAGAUGUUUAUCUGUUUGCUUUGUUCAAUGAAGACAUGAAGCCUGGACCAACGUCGGAGCGGAACUAUGGUCUCUAUCAACCAGAUGGAACCAUGGCUUAUAAUGUUGGCCUUUCAACAUUGGCGACUACAUCAUCAACUUCUUCAGCUACCAUUUCUCUUACUUCCUCUGCUACUCGGCAGGCAACAAACAAGGAAUAUGAAAGCAUUGGAUAUUGGGUAUAUGUAUAUUUAUUGACCUUCGGAGUCUUAAUGAGAAGACCAUUCUAGACAAAAUGGGGUGCAUGCAUAUAUAUAUAUAUAUUUUAGGGGAAUAAGGGCUAUACAUGGGACUUUGUAGUGUAUAGUUUCUUAAUUUUGCACUUUAACAGGCAAAAUGAGAAUCUAAACCAGUACAUUAGACACCCAUUUAUCCAAACGACAGAUUCUUGAUGCUGCACUAAUAAUCGUUUGAUGGGUAAUAAAAUACCCCACAAAAAAGCUGACCCAUUUGACUGCACUGCAUUGAUUCAUCAUCAAAUCCGUCAUUGUCGGUAGAGAAUGCAACAAACAAUACACAACCUAAUGAAGCUGAAGAAGAAGAAGAAGAAGAAGCUGCCAUUGAUGUGGAGAGGGGAGGGAGAACGCUUCUCUCAUCUAUUUUGUAACUUUUCUUCAGUAAUUUAUGUUUGUUAUGUUAGAGAUGGGUGAGGAUAAAUUUGUUAAUUCUACUUAUAAGUUAAUGUAGGGCAGAGCGUUCCUCAUUGGUUGAAGGGAAAGCAAUUCACACUUUGGGACGUGGAAUGCAUAACAGCUCUUCAAUACUUUUGGUCACCUUUUUUUCUCUUC